UUAACAUCCAGAACAAGUUAUGUUUGGAAAGAAAGGUGUUCGAGAUUAUAUGGAGAUGCACGAGCUGCUAUUCCAGAACAAGUGUCAAGGAGGAUUUUGUCUGAGUUUUCUAUUUUUGCCCGUAACAAUGUAGCCUUCCAGCUGAGAGUAUUGCGUGUUAUUUGUUCAUAGUAUAGUAUUCAUAUUUUGAUGUUUACAGGUAGAGAAUAGUAUAAACUGUAAACAUGACAACUUGAGAGGGAGCUUUGCGAGUUGCAGCCCCCCGGGCUUACAUGCAUUUUUUUUAUUACUCAUAAAAAAAACAUUAACAUCCCUCACACAACAUCACCUGGCCCUCACCCUCACUCAUAUCCUCAUAGAAUCAUUAACUAUUUGCUUGAGUAACAAUAUCAUUAUUCUCAGGAUCACUUGAAGUAAGUUCACCAAUGAAUAUACAUCCUUGAUAAAUGUUAUCUGAAAAAGGUAACGCACUGAUUGAAGCAUUCCCUUCUUGAUCAAUAAAGAUCGGGGAUGGUGGCGCUGAAGGUUUUGGAGAUGAACAAAACCUUGCAAGGGAAUGGGGGUUGGGCUAAUUGGGAGAUUGGUGGGGAACAAACUUCUAGCUAAUUAUGAGGAUGGAGGAAAUCAUUGAUAGAAGGAUUUUGAGUGUAGGCAAUGUGGAAGAGGGAGCGAUGAGGAAGAGAACAAACAUAAUUGAGGAUCACCUAUCGUGUUAGGGUUAUCUUGUUCAUUAUGUUGGGUUGGGGGAAGUGAACUUGACCCGGUUAAGGGGAAAACCCCGACAUGACCGGUCUGAUUUUGCUCCAAUUUUGAUGAAAACUUGAAAUCGUAUAUUUUAAGGAUUUUAUAGUUUUAAAUCGGAAUUUUAUGGGAUUUUAAGGUUCAAUGAUUUUGUAGUAAAAUUAGGAUCAUAACUCAUAAGUAAGCUCGUAAAAUCAUAAGAUUUUAAAAUUAAAAUCGAAAUUUUGACUACAUUGAUCAUGUCAAGUACGGUCUCCACCCCUUACUUCCCUGUAAAAUAACGUGGUCUGCUGCUUUAACUUCUCCCAAACGAGGAUUCGUUGCUCUAGCUUAUUAGAGGCUUACACAAUGUCCAAGAAAACGAGAUCACCCCCUUAACAACCGUGGAUUGAACACAAUAAUAAUCUGGUGCACGAACAUACGGGGUCCUUGGAUUUAUAACAAGGGAACUUCGCAAAUUAACUAAGCCAUUUAUUUCCAAAUGGAUACUCUGGAGAUUCUUUUUAUAUUUUAUAUCAUAAGGCGUUAUUUCCCAACUAUUAUCUUAAUCAAAAGUUAAAACCACCCACUUGAGAUAUAAUUAAUUUUAAUUGAGUGUUAUACGGCCCCCACGUGAUUAAAACAAAGUGUUCCAACUCAUAGAUGUUGGAAGGUGCAUUUACGCCUGCUCCAUUUGACUCAUUAAUCUUGUAUUUAUAAUUAACAUAACUAAUUAAUCACAUAUAAUAAUGAUUAAUAGUUAAACCCCCUCAACUUUGCUAUCUGCUCCAGUGUACCUUGCACGCAUUUCGUAUUUUAUUCGUGGUUGCAUUUAUUUAUCUAUUUAUGUAUCCUACAAAUACAAGAAGACGAAAAAGGUAAAUAGACGAUAAAUAAAGUGUUAGGGACCAUUGUGAAUUGUGAUCCGUAUCCAACUUGGAUUAUCAUAAUGCUUAAUUGUAACACAUAUGUAAAGCAUAUGAAUUAGAAUAUUAGACUAUGUUAGUUAGUUAGUUAGUUAAUAUUAGCGAUAUAUUGGUACGUGGAUGAUUAAUCCGCGUUUUGAAUUUUGAUAUCAAUCAACUCACAAAUAACUCCGACCGCAAUGGGUGGGUGAUUGAUGUGGGUGGGUUGUGGUUGAUAAUCUCCUACCAACAUUUAUUGGGGUGGGUGGAUUGCAGGUCACCUGAAUGACGUGCACCAUAUUUCACAAGACAACAAAUUGUUUCUUGUUUGUACUCUCGAAUAGUCAUCAUAUUUUUUAACAACACUAAACACCGACCAUCGACUUCUAAAAGGAGAAUAAAAAAUAUUUUGGACUACUAUUAUUGGUUACUAUGUUGUGCAAUGUCCAUUGGACAUUGUGAUGCAAAUUGUUAUAAAUUAUUAAUUGUAUCAAAGUUUCAAAAUGCGUAAACUAUCUCUACACAAUUGGUUGAUGGAGUAAUGAAAAAUUUGAUGCAAAUAAUACAUAGAUCCAUAGGAGACAAGGUGAGAAGUGUAUAAAUUACUACUAUCUUACGAAUUUGCGAAUAACUUAUUAUAAAUGUUAGUCUACUUGCUUAAUGGUUAUUUGAAAAAUUACUUUUGUGGGUAAAGUCACAACCCAACCGCGCUCAUCCACUGCCCACCCAACCCAAUUCGGAGAAGAAUGUGGGUGGAUAAUGGGUCACAAUUAUAUCAACUCGCUAAUAAGUAGGUGGAUCAAUUUUGAGAAUGAUGAUGCACUCACUCUAAUAAUUUAAAAUUUGUUUUCCGAUCACUCGCACGGAAGUCUGGGCUGCACUCAGAAGGUUAGAGCUCUUUGGAGGGAUGUAUAUCACAUUGUCGCGAUUGAGACAGACUCUACUACGACGGUGGACAACCGGCAUACGAACUCAAUUCACUCUUUCCUUUCGGUGGUAGCUGCUCAUCAUCCUAACUAACUGAUGUAAAAAAAUAUGUACAAAUUUAGACGAAAAAGGAGUUAAUAAAACAAAACUAUUAGAAAUUAAUUUGUACUAAUUUUUUACUCAGUUUGUACUGACCACUUCCUACCUAUUGUAUAGUCACAUUUCUCACCUACUAUGUACCUACCUUAUAACAAUGGGUGAAAACAAUGACAUCAGUCAACUAUAGGGGAGUCAAGUUAAAUGGAAGUGAACGUAUAUCGUAAGGUUAGAAAUUUAUGUUUAUUUAUUAGUGAAGAGUGUGUCGUGAAAUCAUCAUGUAAGUGAAUAUGCAACUGAAUGUCAAAACGAAGAGUCGAGAAGUCAAUUAAAAGAUAAAGAAAUAUCUUAAUAGUUAAGAUUUGCAUGCAUGAUCCCUAUUUUACGAAUGCAAACACGAAAAUCCCAAUAAUUUUGAACAAUCAAUUAAGAGAAUACUAUCUCGUCAAAACUCUCACAACAGAACACUAGCUCGGAUUAAAAUACCAUGCUUGUACAAUCAGCUAAAUUACACGUUUGGUCACUCAAAUUAUACAAAUCUUUCAUGUUUGCCCCUCGAAUUACUUUUCUUUCGGAUUCGCCACUAACUUUACAAAUCGUUUCAUCGUUAGUCACCGGCCGUUAGACUCCGUUAAAUUUGUCCUACGUGGCAUUCAACUAUCAAGUUUGACCGUUAACUAGAUGACGUGGAAAUUAAAAAAAAUUAAAAAAAUAAUCAUUUUUCCACCUCAUUAUUCCACUUCACUUUUCUAUAUGAUUUAUCAUAUUAAUUAUUUAACAAAAAUUAAUUAAAUUAUAAAACUUAAUUAUCGGCAAAAAGGAAGAAAUUACAGACGGGGUAGGUGAAGUAACCAAACCCAAAGAGAGCGGAAGAGGCGCCAACGAGAAUACACUGGCUAGAAGCUCAGAAGAGCGUAACCUGCAGCAACAGGAAUUUAAAGUCGCGGCCACGCAAAAUCGGAAGAGCCCAAAAGAAAUGCUUUUCUUCUUUCAUCAUAUGAAGAUGGAGCUCUAUUGGAUCUUUUGAGUUUUCUUUCUUUAUGGUUGGGGGUUGGAGGAUUAAUUCCCUAAAUAUUAUUUUUAUUUUUUAUUUACCAUGAAUAUGGUGGUUUAAAAACUAUUGGCACAUAUAUUGUGUUUUUUUGUAGGUGUUGAUUUUUCGAUAAAACCCAGCGGCGGCGCCCGAGAUUGGGGCUUUGGCGCUUGAUAUAAAGCGAAAGCGGUGGCGCCCCAGUUCGAGGCUUGGUCGUUGCCUUCUUCUUCCACUCUAGCACCACUCCAGCACCAUAUAUACUCCAUCUUUCCUUUGGUUCUUCACCACCAAAAAACUGAAAGAAGUUCCGAAAGAAGCUCUAGUGUUGCUGUCUGGUUGCUGGGAAGAUGGCUAAUAAUAGGUAAGAGACGUAUUUAUUUUUUUAAUGUAUUCUUCAAAUGCUAUAAUGAUUUUGUCCAGUUAGUAAUUAGUGGGUUUGUUUUUUAUGUAGUGGUUUAGAAGAUUUGAACUAGCUGUUCGGUGGAAAUCAGAGAAUGUAGAGGAUAAUUUGGGUGUCAUUUCGUUGGUGGUCUAAGUUUUCAUAUGACUAUUCCAUCUAGGGUGAACUAUCAGAAACUUUGUGAUAAUCUAAUUCGGAGAAUACGGCUUAGAGACAAAGCAGUAGAAGAUAGUGUUGUGAUUACAGGUUUCACUUACUAUCUUCCAGAAUGGUAGAAUGGUGUUUUAUUUCAUUAUGCGAUGCCUAUUGUCGAUGAUGAUAGCUUGAAUGUGCUUUGGCAUUUUAUGGCACAAAACCCUUAUUGUUUGGGUGCUGAGAUACAUGCUGAGCUCAGUGAGGAUCGGGGUGGAGAGGAAGAAGAUGACACAUGAAGCAUGCCAUCCGAUCAUGACUAUGAUGAUGGUGAUAACGGAGAUGAGGAAGAUGAGGAGGAGGAGGAGGAGGACGACGGGGAGGAAGGAGAACAACCUAAUUAUCCUCCAUAUUUUUACUUGCAGGGUUAUGAAGAGGACGACGGAUUAUCAUAUGUUGAUUCAUAUUACGUAAUUCCAAUGCCUAUUGUUGGUGGUUUUGAUGGAGAAUUCUACAAGGGGCAAAUAUUUCACUCGAAACAAGCUGCACAGGUGGCGAUUAAACACUACGCACUACAACGCAACUUUCAAUAUAACGUGGUGGAGUCGUCACCUUCAAUCUAGAAGAUCAGAUGUUUGAUGCACAAGGAGGACAAAUGUCCUUGGACGAUGCUGUUUGGAUGUCGAGAUGUGGGAGGCGAUUGGACUGUGAGAAAGGCCGAGUUGGUGCAUACUUGUAGUAGUACGACUCAACCGACGGAUCAUCGCCAUCUUGAUGUCGACAUUAUAUCUGAGUCCGUGAAACACUUAAUUAUAUUCGUAAUUUAAUUUAAUUAAGAUCUAUUCGUAAUUCAAUUUAAUUCUAUUCGUAAUUUAAUUUAAUUCUAUUCGUAAUUUAAUUUAAUUCUAUUCUAUUCUAAUUUCAGUUGAGUUCAACUAAUAAAAAAACUAUAGAAAUAGUUUGAAAACUUACCUCGUUUGCCCAAACUGCGUCAAUACGAUGGUGACCAUGCGCCCAAAGAAGUUCUGGAUCCACCGGAGCUGUAUCAAUUGUUGCAGGUGGUGGUCUCAUCGAACAUGGAUCCAUAAGGCUAGGAACUAGAAAAAAAAUUAAUUAGAAGAUAAAAAAAAAAUUAACUAACUUGUUGCCGGCGGCGAGAAUCCGGCCACCGCCGCGCGAGAAUCCGGCCACAGCCAAACUUACCCCUGUAGCGGCCGCGGUCGCCGCCGCCACGAUGCCCUCGCCUCCCUCUGUCCCUUCCUCUGCCGGGGCCGGCCUGCUCGUCGUCGGACAUGGCUGAUCGCGGGGGAGAUAUCAGAACUGCGCGGGGAAGAGGAGAGCGACGCCGCUCUGGACAAGGCGCCUUCGUCGGGAUGCUGGCGCCGCCGCCUGGGUCUGAGGCGCGACCCUCCUUCUUCUCGGUGCUAUCGUCGCUGUCGGCGUUGGGUUGGGGUUGGGGGUGAGGGACUCUCGAGUCUCGACUGCGGGCUGGUGUGUGGUGAGGAAGCGACGACGAGUGAGGAAGAAGAUAAUAAGAAAAAAAAAAGGGAGUGACGAAGCCUGAGUUUAAGGCGUUGGAGCUUUUUAAGUUUUCGAAAACUUUCAAAUAGCGCCAGCGCCUGAGUCUCGAGCGGGCGCGCUGUCAAGUUGUUGUAAAAAACAUAAAUUGCGCCCGCGCCUGAGUCUCGAGCUUGGACACUUUUAACCAUGGUCCUUGAAACCGUACCGGCGGUCCAACCACGAAAUACCAGUAUUGGAGGCUAAACCGGUAGGCGGUAUUUAACGGUACAACGGUUGAACUAUGGUUAAACCACGGUUUUACCAUACAAUACCCUACCGCUGACUUUCCCGAUACGAUCUCCAGUAUGGUUUCAUGGACCAUGCUUUUAACCUGCCAAAAAACACAAUAUAUGUGUCAAUAGUUUUUAAACCGCCAUAUUGGUGAUAAAUUAAAAAAAAACACAAUAUUUGCGUCAUUUACCCUUGGAAAAGGUGGAGGGAAAUGAAGGGAGCUGGAUAGGGAGAGCCAAAGAUGGAAUCUGUGGCUGAGGGGUUUUUGCCAGAAAUGGUAAAAAUUUUCAGAAACCAUCAAAAUAUGAAAGUCUCCACGAGAGAUCAGAGCUUUGCACGAACAUAAAAAAUUUUCCUCUGAAAUUUCUUUCUCUUUGUCGAUAAUUAAGUUUUAUAAUUUAAUUAAUUUUUGUUAAAUAAUUAAUAUGAUAUAUAGAAAAGUGAAGUGGAAUAAUGAAGUCGAAAAAUAAAUUAUUUUUUUAAUUUCCACAUCAACUAGUUAACGGUCAAACUUUAUAGUUGACUGCCACGUAGGACAAAUUUAACAGAGUCUAACGGCCGGUGACUAACUGUGAAACAAUUCGUAAAAUUAGUGGCGAAUCAGAAAGAAAAGUAAUUUGGGUAGCAAACAUGAAAGAUUUGUAUAAUUUGAGUAACCAAACAUGUAAUUUAGCCUUAUACAAGCAGACUAAGAUAAUUAAGAAAGCAAAGAACUCCAUGUGUAUAGAGGGAAAAACAACCAAGCCUUAGGUGUAUCCAUGAGACCUAGCUAGCUAGAAUUUAUCAAGAAAUCAUAAACUAAAAA